AUGAUGACAAAAGUCAAAACUCGAGUUGAUCGAGAAACAACAGCUAUUGGACAAAUUUAUACCGAGGAGCUAGUCAAAGCUAAUCUUUCUCGAACAGCUCUUGCUAUUGCUCCAACAGCUCGUGAAGCUAAUAAGUAUCAUGGUCUUAAUCAACUUCGACGACAAGCCACACCUGCUCUUCCAACUUGUAUGGAUUUCGAUAUUCCAUCACGUUAUCAAAAAACAACUGAUGGACAACGAUAUUUACUUGCUGAUAGAAUUCAGCCUGGUGGUGAAAAAGUUGAAAAAAGGUUAAUUAUCUUUUCAACCGACGAACAACUUCGUCUUCUCUUUACGUCUUCUCAUAUCAUGAUGGAUGGGACAUUCGAUAGUUGUCCACCCCAUUUUGAACAAAUUCUUUCAAUACAUGGAAUAAAAAAUGAGCAAAGUUUUGUUUGUGUUUUUGCUGUUCUCUGUGGUCGAUCCACGAUGAUUAAUAAAGAAUUAAUUUCAGUUCUUCAUCAACAUGCUCGUCGACUUGAUCUCCAAUUUCGUCCAGCAAAUAUUACAACUGACUUCGAACCAGCUCUUAUUAAGACAGUGGCCGACGAAUUUCCCGACGCGCGUCACAUUGGGUGUUAUUUUCACUAUACAAAUGCAAUUCAUCGACAAACUCAACAACUUCGUUUGGUCAUUGUCUACCGUAAUGAUGAAGAUGCACGAUCAAGUGCACGCAAGCUUAUGGCUCUUCCUCUCAUGCCACUUAAUCAAAUCGAACGUGGUUUUGAAGUAAUCUCAAACAAUGCUCCUCAUUCAAUACGACCAUUAAUUGAUUAUUUCAACAGAUAUUGGAUGAUGAAGGUGAAAUGGGCAUUAUGGAAUAUAUCCGAUGUUGAUGUUCGAACGAAUAACAUUGUGGAAGGUUGGAAUCAUCGAUUCAAUCGUUUAGUGGCUAAAUGUCACCGGAACGUUUGGCAUUUUUUCGAUUGUCUUAAAAAAGAAGAAGUUGUUGUUCGUCAAAAAAUCUUAAAGAUGAUGAUGGGUGCAAAAAAGAAUAUCAAUAGAAAAGCUGUUGUUCUUCAACAACGUGUUGAUUCACUUCAAUCGGAUUUUAAUCAGAAUAAAAUCAAUCUUAGUGAUUAUGUUGAAGGACUCUCUCUAUUAAUUGGGGCGAAGUGA